AUGCCCCUCCUCCGCGCGGGCUCCCCCGCCCUGCUCGUGUGCUUGCUGUUGGUGCUACUUCCACAGGUCCAUGCAUUCGGAGCUGGCAACAUCGCUUCAAUCUCGGCCAUCGAGGGCAAAAACUGGCGUCAUGGCGAUAUUGAAGAUAUGCUGAAGACGAUUACGUUCAUCGCCGGUCACAAAUGGACAUCUAUCAUGAUCAAGCGCGUAUACUUUGGAAAUUGGCUGCGCGAUUAUUCGCAGGCAAUGGAUGUCGGGACCCUGAAGAACCUCCAAGCCGAAACGAUCCGCAUCCUUGUGUGGGUCCUCUCGUUCCUGACGUUUGGGUACGCGACUGGCGAAUUUGAAGUUACCUCGGAACGAUUGGGGGUCUACCGUCCGGAAGAGCAUAUUGAUAACCCGAAAGACUACGCCGACAACGAAGAUGCGCGCCAGUUUGACAAGCGCCUGCGAGGCCCGAUCCGUCAGGUCGAGCUUGACAUCGAUCCGGAGACUGGUAUGAAGAAUUACAUCGCGAAUGAGCGUGGCGAUUGGGCGACUAGUACAGCCUUUGUCAAGUUCAGUCUCAGCCGCAGCAUUCAUUACGGGCGCAUGUACACCAAUGGUGGCGAGCACAAGGGCAAGGAAGAGGAUCUAUGCGAGGCACUUCGGUGCUUGGGACAGGGCCUCCAUACUCUCGAGGACUUUGCGGCUCACUCAAAUUACAUCGAGCUUGCAUUGCGCGAGAUGGGAUACCACAAUGUAUUCCCCCACACUGGCACGGCCACCCAGUGCAAUGUUCGGGGACAUCAGGUCUUCCCCUUGGUGACCGGAACCUUUGGUAUGGUUGAUUUCUUCCACUCCGUCCUCGGUGAGGCCACCGAUCAUUUCACGCAGUCCGAGGUCAACGAGAUGGAUAUGGCGCUUGGUGAUGCGGAGAACAAUGCCCAGGCCAGCAACUCUCUCAACUCCCUUACUGGUCUCCUAGGCAAGAUCCCCGGUACGCGAGACCUGGUUGCGGAGGCCGAGCAUCUGAAACAGCAGUCCGAGGCCCAGGAGAGAAGCAAUCGUUCUCGCGGUUCUCACACGGGAUACGUGCAGACAGACGAUUUUGGGCAAAGCCGCGCACCUGAUCCGAACCACCCUACCACUGGUGGCGCUGCACCGGGCCCUGGUCUUGAGGGCAUGCCUGAUUUCAACCCUCAGGAGACAGUGUCCAAGAUCUACCCUAUCUUGGCGUUCCGUGACAAGGUCGUGCGGAAGCUGAACGCGGUCAUCGAGAAGAUUCCAGGCUUGGAGGCCAUCAUUGAUAAAAUCACCGAGACCCUCACCGUGUUCAUCAUGUCGCUGCUGGCGCCAUUCAUCCGCCCUCUUAUCAACGCCGCCUCCAAGUCUCUCCAGAGCGGAUCGUCAGGCGUCAUUACUGCCUCUGGCAAGCACCAAUACGAGCCGUGGACAGAUCCUCACUGCACUGAUCCCACCCACUCGCUUCUCUCAAAGGACCACUUCGCCAACGUCCUGAACGAGCCAGCCGGACAGGUUGCUUCCGCCAUUCUGAAGUAUGUUGCUCCUCGCGUGCUGUAUGCCUGGCAACACAUCGACGUCCCGGAGCACGAGGUUCUCGAGGAUUGCAUGCGCAUUUUCCACCACCCCGUCCUCCGAGAUAUGCACAACGAAGCUCACCGGACGAUGUUCGAGGCUGUCGGAAACUGGGUCCACUCCCGCGAAGAUCGUGGCUCCCAUCUCAACGACAUUCUCAGUGCUGAAGGUGUCCGAACUGGUCGCAACACUGGUGGCGUCCCGCAUACCCACGGCGGUAGCCAGGGCGGAUUCGCUGCUCUGGGCGGCGCCGCCCAUGGUCAAACGCACGGUCAGAGCCAGAGCCAUGGCCAUGGCUUCUCCGUUGGUGGCAUUCAGUCAUUCUUCUCGCAGCCGCAGUCUCAGCACCAGCAACCUUCGGGAUCCCAUGGACAAAGCUCUUCUGGCCUGCCUUGGGAUAAGAUUUCCAAGUUGCCCAUCCCUGGCAUGUCCAAUCUGAACAAGCUUGAGAGCACCAUUUCUAACUUCAUUCCCGGUGGUUUGUCGCAUGGGUCGAGGAGAGAGCUUGGAGAGGAUGAUGAGGCUGGCUCUGGGAGUGGACAUGAGACUACGACAUACCAGCAGCAGCAUUCGCAGUAUCAUGGUCAACAGGGACAUGGUCAGGGCGGUCAUGGUUAUUGA